AUGCUUGCGUGGCUAGAUGAGCUUCCAUUCGGAACGAAAUAUCUUUUAAUAUUCAUGAUUCUUCUCCACAUUGCAAAGAUUACUCUCAUGCCACCUUUAUUCAUGCAAAAAUUGUAUUUAAAUCCAUUUUUAGUUAUUAAACAAAACGAGUAUUGGAGAAUCUUUACAUCACAGUAUGUACAUGCAGAUAUAAUUCACCUUGCAAUGAACAUGAUGACAUUCUACCAACUUGGAAAUUUCUUCGAAAGAUCUGUAGGAACCAUUGCAUUUUUCUACUACAUUUUCAUAUUUGGCGUUCUAUCUAAUCUACUUGACUGCCUGAUUGCCUGGUUUAUGGCUUGGGGCGGAAGACCUGAGCAUUUUAUCGGAAGUGCAGUUGGUUUCUCCGGCGUUCUCUUCAGCUUGACAGUAAUUGACUCUGCUGUAUCUCCUGGUAGCCAAAGAUCAGUAAUGGGCUUGUUUUUAGUUCCAAAAGAUUUUUAUCCUUGGGCAUUGCUUCUUUUCAUGUCUAUUAUCAUACCAUCUGCAUCUUUACUUGGUCAUGCUACAGGAAUGGUCAUGGGAUACCUUUACAUCUUCGGAUUACUCAAAUGGCUUGUUCCAAGCAAAGAAACAUUCUCAAAGAUCGAAAGGAAACUUUGCUGCUGCGCUCUGAACCACAAUGGAUACUAUGCUGCUGAAAAUAAUGGAGCAAAUCAAUAUCAACCUUACGCUCUCUUCAACAACCUUGCUGGCAAUACUGAGAAUGACGAUGCAGCUGCUGAUGACCCAGAAAAUCCUCACAUGCUUCGUCCAAAUGCAAGACCAAACAAUAAUAAUAGAAAUAAUAAUGAUAAUAUAUUCCAUGGUACUGCACAUACUAUUGAAUAA